CGAACCAUUUCGUCACAAAUUUUCGCGAAAAUCAGCACAGCAACUCGUAAAACCCUCGAAAAAAGCUUGAAAAUCGCUUCGUGUGUGCAAAAUGCACCACUUGUAAUCGAAAGUCGAACGUAAAAAGACAAAAUCUCCGAAUAAAUCGUGAAAUAAUAAUUUUCUUCACCGUUUUAACGGUUUUCUCUGUGUGACUGAUAAAACUGUGUUUAUUAUUUUUUUGUUUGUGGCAAGAAAAAAGCAAAAAAUUUUGUGUUAAGUAAAAAAUGGCAGGAACUUCAACGAAUAUUCGUGUGGUAAUUCGUGUGCGGCCCUUUAACCGGCAAGAAUUGGAGCAAAAUCAACGGAAUAUCAUCCGAGUGUUGGAUAAGUCAAAUUUGAUAUUUGACCCAGAAGACGACCAAGAGGAAUUUUUCUACCAUGGCGUGAAACAAACGCAUCGCGAUCUCACAAAACGCGUUCGGAAAAAGCUCAAUAUGGAAUAUGACGACAUUUUUGACUGGGAUGCUCAGAAUCCGGAUGUUUUUCAGGUCUCGACGUAUCCGCUGAUUGACAGCUUGAUGCAGGGAUACAAUUGCAGUGUGUUUGUUUACGGAGCAACGGGUGCCGGGAAGACUUAUACGAUGCUCGGGAGCGAAGAUACGCCCGGAAUUACGUUUUUGACGAUGAAAGCCUUGUUCGAGAAGAUGUCAGAGCUCGAAGACGACCGAAAAUUCGACAUUGGAAUCUCGUAUCUCGAAGUUUAUAACGAACAAGUGAUGAAUUUGCUCCAAAAAUCGGGUCCCCUGAACUUGCGCGAAGAUGGAAGCGGCGUAAUUGUCAGCGGAUUGGUCCUGAAACAAAUUCACAGUGCGACAGAACUCCUCAAUCUCUUAGCUGAGGGCAACAAAAAUCGCACCCAACACCCAACCGAUGCAAAUGCCGAAAGUAGUCGAAGUCACGCGAUUUUCCAAGUUCACAUCCGGAUGACAGACAAGAAAACGAGCCAAAAGAAAAUGGUGAAACUCAGUAUGAUCGAUUUGGCAGGCAGCGAAAGAGCUGCGAGCACACAAUGCAAAGGGAUGCGGUUCAAGGAAGGCGCGAACAUCAACAAGUCGCUUUUGGCGCUGGGAAAUUGCAUUAACAAACUCGCCGACGGGAGCAAAUAUGUGCCGUAUCGCGAUUCGAAACUCACGAGAAUUCUCAAAGACAGUCUCGGAGGCAAUUGUAAAACCGUGAUGAUCGCUAAUAUUUCGCCGUCGUCACUCACGUAUGAUGACACCUAUAAUACCCUCAAAUAUGCAUCACGUGCGAAGAAAAUUAAGCAUAGCUUGAAACAGAAUUUGUUGCAAUCGAAUUUGCCGAAGGAAUAUCUCGUUAAGAAGGUUACUGAACAACAGAACGAGAAUGAGCGACUUAAGGCGAAGAUUAAGGAGUUGGAAGCGCGACUUACGGAAAUGGAACAACGCCAACCCAAAGCAGAACCAAUACGAGCGCAUGCCGACACAACAUCCCGAAGCCCUGUAACCGCUACCUCAGCUAUUGACGAAUGGAGCUCCAAAAUCGACGAGGUCUAUAAUCAACUCAACAGCACGCAAGAACACUACUUCAGCAUCACGAGCAAAGAAAAAAUUUUGUCGUGUCGCAUCAAAAUGAAGGGAUAUUUGGAAUCAAUUCGAAAUUUAUUCGACAUAGAAGGCAUGGGAGAUGAAAUCGCUCGUGUUGAAGCUUCUAUCGAUAAAUCGACGAAAAUGUUGCAAAAACAGAAGGAAGAUCUCAAUAGAUGGGCCAAACGCUAUCGUGAGGCUGAAAAAUCGCUAAAUGCGUUAAAACAGGAAAUUGAGGAAAAUGCAAGUGCUGAUCUUGUGUUGAGUUAUUACCUCCAAAAGAAGGAUUCUGAGUUGACACAAAAUAAAAUCAACUUGAAAUUCGCUCACAUGCAGAAAAUCAACUCAAUUUACAACAUGGAGUUCGAUCAUUGGAAGGAAAUGACAAAUUCCGGUUUCGCGCUUUUGAACCAACUUUACCUUCUGCUUCGCUCGAACGGCGAUGCCGACAAGGAAAUGCAAGAGCAAAUCGCGCGUUUGUACAAACUCUGUCAAGGACGUCAAAAAGUCGUCAAAUUCCUCGAGGAUGAGGCGCAAAAUGGUGAUAAAGAGACUGCUGACUUGAGUUUUGGCACAAUGAACAGCAUUACAGACUCUCCUGUGAAAACGACGAUUGUACCUGAAGCUCCAAGUACCGGCAAGAAACGUCCCAAUAGUGACAGCAAUCCACGCGUUCAAGCGAAUAAAAUGCCAAAAAUCACAAAUGGCAACAAAAAACCCCCAGUUCCGACUUUUAACAAACCAAAAGCUGUCAAAUCGAUCAAUUUCAACAACAAAACGGAAGCAAAGUCAUCAGUAUUUAAAGUUCCCACAGUAGCUCCCAUUCAGAAAAGCGCGUUGAAUGAAACGCACACCAUCAAUACGGAUGCCUUGAAUUCAACUUUUGACAUUAUUCCGCCUGCUUUGUCCGAAAAUCAACUGAAUAUCAAGACAGAUGUGAAAUUAGCAAAACUUGAGGCUCAAACGAAGAAAAAAUUAAUUGACAGAGCUGCGAUUACUUUGAAUAAGGAGAAUAAAAAAUUCACUCCGAAAAAAGUUGGAAUGAAAACGGCUCUUCAUACAAUCAACAACAACAACGGCGUCAUCAACAAGGCACGUGUUAAGCCCAUUGUUGCGACAAAUGAUCGUUUUAACAAAGGCCCUCCCCGUUAAAGCGCUUCAUUUGAACAAUUUGUACAUUUUGUUAUGAAACUUGCCCAGUUUAUGUUAAUAGUACUUUAGAUUUUUUUGCUUUUUCGGACGAACAAACCACGAAAUUUAACUUUAAAUUUAAUUUUUGCACGACUUUUGUAAAUUUUUAAAUGGUCACCUUUAUAUUUUUUACUUAUUUAGGAUAACGAUGAGGAAGAGUAACGCAAGCUUUCUCACUAAUCGCAAACAAACAAAAAGAAAAGAAAAUUAUUUGCACUAACAAUUAUAUUUGGGAAUGAUACUCAAGCUUUAUGUUUGUUCAAAAUUAAUUUGAGGAACUUUUGUAUUUUAUAUUGUAUUAAUAAUAUUAAAAUGUAAUGUAUAUUCAAGAAUUAGAAACAAACACAAAAAAUGACUAAGAUUAAAUAAAUUAUAAUUUUU